UACUCACAUCGCAUCCAUCCAGAAUCCAGAGACAGAAUAAAUUGACAAAUGCAUAACACUAGCACCCUUUAAUGAGCAAACAUAUGUGCGUACAAUUCAUUACGAUCAAAAUGUGAAUCACGGCAAAUUGUUUUUGGUGCGGCAGAAUACUUCUUUGCGUUUAUGGAUAAUAUCCUUGUGAUUUCUGGCAAGGAAUAGUAAACAUUUUUUUCGUUAUUUCCGUCCUAGAACUAUUUUUUCCACAGUGUUAGCUAUUUUCUUGGUUGUAGUGAGAACAAGAAUAAUUAGAGAUGGCACCAACAGCAACUAUAAUUUCACCUUCCAGCACUUUGUCUUCUCCAUUUGCUCUUAGCAGAACCCAACAAGAUUAUGGCUGUAAUGGAUCAUUAAAUUCAUUACUCAGUUCGUUUCCAGCUACCAAUUGGUGUCAUUAUCAAAACAACGACCAAUAUCAAACGAAACUUCUAAGUCCGACAUGGAGUGCUUAUUCAACAAACCAACAGUAUUCCUUUAACCUUUACAGUCCAACAUACUCGAACCUAAGCGCAUGUGAUCAUUUAGGAGAUAUCACUGAACAGCUCGCUGACUUAUCACUGGACAGAAGACAGAUCAAACGACCGCCUCCAUCGUAUUUGUGCCAUUUGUGUUUCCAAAAGGGGCACUAUAUCAAGGAUUGUCCACAGGCUCGGCCCAAAGGUGAAGGAAAAACUCCAUACCAAGGUAGAAAGCGAUGUUUCGGGGAAUAUAAAUGUCCAAAGUGUAAAAGAAAAUGGAUGUCAGGUAACUCCUGGUCAAAUAUGGGACAGGAAUGUAUUAAAUGCCACAUCAAUGUUUUUCCACAUAAACAAAGACCGUUGGAAAAACCCGAUGGAUUGGAUGUAUCCGACCAAUCGAAAGUCCAUCCUCAGCAUCUAUGCCAAAAAUGUAAAGAGCUGGGAUAUUACUGUAGGCGAGUACAAUAAAACAAGAAGAUAACUCUACUGUUUUUGUUUUCAUUCUUUUAAUUUUAUUUUAUAUCAGAAUAUAGACUAUAUAUUUCAUGUUUUAUAUUUUAUAAUUUCAGUUUUUCCACGUUUAUUAUUUAUACUUUUUAUUUUUUUACUGAUGUAAUUUUUUAAAGUACUUAAAAUAUAUGUAUUUUGAUGUAUGUUACCACUAUGUUAGAUACGUUAUAUAUAAAUAUUGAUGUUUAUUUUCC